CAGUGUUGGGAGAAUUGCGAACUGCUUCAAUCAAAUUUCCAAGUGUGGGGAGCCAUGUGCGAGGAGAAGGAAAUAUGCUUUCCUGGAUGCCAGGAGGCCUGUCGGUUUCAUGCCGAAGCGGCAGCCCGUACACAGCAAACACAACCAGUGAUCCACACCAAAGGUGAAGGGGUAAUCCACGUAACAGGACAGCUGGCAAGCUGGCCUCGACCUUCUUCCGUAGACCCCAAAACCCCUCUCGUCUUCGUGGUGAUGAGAAAAACCAAAACCGGACCCUGGCGCCAAAUAAUCCAGACCCUGGACCACACGACUCGCGUCCCAUCCAACAACGAUCAACCCGGAGCUUUGUUACGCGUCCUCGUAGUGGAUCCCCAGGGACUCGUCACGAUAUACAGUCCAGACGAGGUCAGCCUGCGCGAGAAUAAAAAGAAGAAGAAGACGAUCAACACUGAGAUAAAGGCCACGACAAGCAGAAGCGUUGCGAGCGACCUCUGGACCCUACGAGAGGUGUCGCUUAUCCAUCAGAAAGUUCUCGUGAUCGGGGAGAUCGCCUGGGAGGCCAAAGCAAAUCACGGUGUUUACUUGGUGACCUGGGAAGUGGAUGGGGGCGGUUUGAAAGGAAACUUAUUCACCGACUCUACCUGCGUCACCCUGUCCCUGUGGCCGGACACUAUUUAUCACAUACAAGUCGAGCUGGUCUCUCGCAUUCCCGGGGUGGAGAACCUUAAAUCCGAGAUGAUGGAUCUGGAUACGGGUCGAGCUCAGAAGGUGUCGACGGAAACGGAUGUCAACGUCGUUCCUGAAGAGGAAGAGGGAGCAGACUCGCCUCUUCUUUCAGUGCUGUUCAGUGCGGUGCGAGGAGGGGAAAACGUUGGGAGCGGCCGGCAGAAUUUGGAGCUGCUUUUGGGAGGGGGUGCGGCGGUGGUGUUGUUCGCUAUCGUGCUGGUGGUCGUUGCAUGGAGGUGCAGGAGAAGGCACGGGCUGGCGGUUGAUAAUAUGAUCACCGGAGCGACGUCAGUGAGGAGUAGGAAGUUGGAGGAAGAUUUUACGGCAUACAGAGGAUUUCAACCAAUCGUCACGGUGAUGGGCCGCCCUAUGACCGCCCUGCCGAGUCAGAACUCUUCCGAAACGCCAGAAGUAGUGUUCCAAGGAGCGCGCUCCAGCAAUUUCGCGAUCGAGACCGAGAAAACUGUUCAAGUAUGACGUCACAUGUUCGAAACUAGUCGCACGGAGCCCGAAAUUUACUGAGUUCCUAAGACUGAUCGAGUACUGUAUGGGGAGUACCUGUGAACGUGGAAAGUGAUUCUGUGCGAGAAGACUGAAAGUGAUAAACUUUUUAUUAAAAAUUGAAUCUCAAUGUAUAUGUGUAUAAAAACUAGUCUAAAUCAAAAUGGCUCUUCGGGGGCUGGUAGGGAGUGAGAGGGGUGGAAAUAUGGAGAUGACUGCAGAGUUUGAGAACUAUGCAGAAGCCGACGAUAAGGGUUUAAUGAAAUCCAGUUCAAAUAUUUUCCUCGAGUACCAAAUAUAUUGAUGUACAGUUUGUUUAUUGAAAUCCUUCCCAAAAAGAAAAGUUGACAGGUGUGGGAUUGUUUCAUAGACUAUAAGGCAAGUGGCGCCAUUUUGUUGGUAUCAAAUGUGUUGGAGAUCCCAGGCUUCCAUGUUAUACAACUUCAUUAAACUAUCAUGAUAUGAUGACGACUUUCGAAAGUAAUCUGGUUGUUCUUUACCUCAGAUACAGAUAUUUUGCUUUUAUAUUGUUUGUAGGAAGAGUAUAUGGACCAUAAGUUGCUCUGUGCACGGAAUACAUUCCUCCUGCAACGUUAUUUUUCAUAAUACUUCUGGAUAUUUCGUAGACUUGUUCAUGGAGAUCCUAAUGUUAAAGAAAAUUAGAUAAAAUUAUCAUCCAAUAUGAAAUCUCCACGGCAAAAUGACCUCUGAGUGGAUCACUCAUUACAAAACUGGAAUAAAUGUCCCUGAUAUCAAGUUGACUACCAAUGAAUAUCCCGGACCACUGAAUCCUUUUCUAGUGAACAGAUUUUAUUCACAAAUUUCACUCAAUUUAUUGAUUACUAGCGAAGGUAAUUCGGAAAACUUAUUUUGCUAAUAUUGUGUUAACAUUUUGAAAAUUGCUACGUCAAAUUCCAAGAUAACACUCCCACCUCAAUAAAGAGUAAAUUUUGUCCUUAUUAUCAAAACAAAUUCCCACCGACAAAAAUUCUGGAAUCCAUCCUCGGAAGAUAUUUUCUGUUUGCUACUUCAUAUAAUUUCAUAUGCAUUGGAGUUGACAAGUAGCAAGAUAGGGAAUAUAACUCUUGUCUAAUUUCCACCAAAAUUUUUAUUUCGUUAUGACCGGUUUCGGUUUAUUGAACCAUUAUCAAAAGUAAUUUUUCGUAUCCUCUAUUUAUUAUGAAUUUCUACAAAAUAAAUAGCAUCAAUUGAACAAGUGGCAGAUCCUUUUGUGAGAGUGUUGAGUUAGCAAAUACAAACAUGCCUACAACUCAAUCAUUCUCUAAAUCACCACCCUUCUCAUGGCCUAAUUUUUUCCUCCAGCACAACCGAAGCGCUUGAAUAAAUAUGGAGUGAUUCCGCAUUUGACUGAAAUAAUUUUUAUUCUGAUUGUGGACUACUGUUGCUAAUGACAAUUUCAUUAAAAUCUCAUGUUUGACGUUGUAUAGAUGCUUACUAUUAUUUUUGACUGUGUUAUUUUUGUUAGAUCUACUUAUUUAUUAUUGAAAUGACUAAGGAGUCUUAGAGAAUGUAACUCUGAUGCUGAUAAUGAAGUUUCAAAUCAGAAGUUUGUUAAAUUUCGAAAUCUUACAAGAAGAUCUUU